GCUCGCUAAUACAACCAAAGAUUUCUACGCAAAAAAAUCUGAUAUAAAAUUUUCCAGUCUUCUCAGCUUCACUCUAAUCCCAAAAUCUUUUGUUAGGGUUUCAAAUUUCACCUACAAUGUCGGAUAAUGAUGGCAGUGGUGAUGACUACGCUACUUUUCGGAGCAAACGUAAUUCUAAUGGUUCAAGCCACGAGAGGUCCAUGAAUAGGGACUAUAAGGAUAGAAGUGCAAGGGGGGGUGACAGAGGAAGGGGCGGUCGUAAUGACUAUGACCGUCGUCAUAGCCGAGAUCAUGACAGGAGACGGGAUUAUGAUCUAGGUAGAGAUAGGGAUAGAGAUAGAGAUAGAAGGCCUAGGCAUAGAGAGCGUUCACGCUCAAAGGAAAGAUCUAGAUCGCCCUCUUCUUCACGUUCCCGUUCUAAAAGCAAGCGGGGUAGUUUCUUUGAUGUGGCGCCACCUUCUGUGAACAUGCUGCCUGGUGCUGACAUGCCAGGGCAGCUGCUGGCUGUUCCUCAGACAACACCUGGAGUGGUGCAAAACAUGUUACCUUUUGGAACAACACAACUUUCUCUUCCCAUGAUGCCAGCCCAGGCCAUGACUCAGCAGGCUACAAGGCAUGCUCGCCGAGUAUAUGUUGGUGGACUUCCUCCCUUGGCAAAUGAGCAGACUAUUGCAACAUUCUUUAGUGGUGUCAUGGCUGCAAUUGGAGGAAACUCCUGUGGCUCAGGCGAUGCAGUCGUUAAUGUCUACAUCAAUCAUGAGAAGAAGUUUGCAUUUGUGGAGAUGAGAACUGUUGAAGAAGCAAGUAAUGCAAUGGCAUUGGAUGGGAUCAUAUUUGAGGGGGUUGCUGUAAGGGUGCGGAGGCCAACAGACUAUAAUCCUGCAUUAGCUGCAACACUUGGUCCUAGCCAACCUAGUCCUCACCUUAACUUGGCUGCUGUCGGACUCAUUCCAGGUGCAAUCACUGGAGCAGAGGGACCUGAACGUGUUUUCGUUGGUGGGCUCCCAUAUUACUUCACUGAAGAGCAGAUAAAAGAAUUAUUGGAGUCUUUUGGACCUCUCCGCGGUUUCGACCUUGUUAAGGAUAAAGACACUGGAAACUCUAAAGGAUAUGGUUUUUGUGUUUAUCAGGAUCCAGCAGUGACAGACAUUGCUUGUGCUUCUCUUAAUGGAUUGAAGAUGGGGGAUAAAACUCUAACUGUUCGACGUGCUACUAUGAGCGCUGGGCAGUCCAAAUCAGAACAGGAUAAUAUUUUGGCUCAGGCACAACAGCAUAUAGCUAUUCAGAAAAUGGCACUGCAAGCUGGUGGUGUAAGACUUCCUGGAAGCGGGAUGGCCUUCGCAGGAAAUGGAGACAGUCCAACUAAGAUUUUAUGUCUUACCGAGGCAAUUAGUGCUGAUCAACUGGCGAACGAUGAAGAAUAUGAUGAAAUUUUAGAGGAUAUGAAGGAUGAAUGCAGCAAAUUUGGAAUUGUGGUGAAUGUCAUUAUUCCUCGCCCGGAUCAGAGCGGAGAGCCAACCUCAGGUGUUGGGAAGGUGUUCUUGGAAUACACUGAUACCACAGGUUGUGCCAAUGCCAGGAAUGUACUGAAUGGAAGAAAAUUUGGGGGCAAUAUUGUGAACGCUGUUUAUUAUCCAGAAGACAGAUAUUAUAGCAGGGACUUUAGUGCCUAAGAAUAAUAUUAGGUAUGCUUUUACCAUAUUUUUGUUGUUUGUGUAUUAUUGGGGAAUUUUUACAGUCAGUGAAAAUAGUUAAAUGUGACAAGAAUAGAAGAUGGUAUAAUAUUAGACAUGCUUUUUGAAA